AUGAGGCCCAGCACCCGCCUGCUCCUGGCCUUCCCCUCGUGCUGGUGGGGAGCGAGCACCUCGGUGGCCCCGCUGCAGGAGCCGCGCACCCAUGGCCUGGCACUGAGCCUCCUCUCUGCCUCAGGGGCUGGCCUCGGGGGAGCCGCAGGUACCCGGAGCUGCAGGAAGAUGGUGUGCCUGCCCGCCGCCCCACCGGCGCUGGCGUUGAGGAGGUGGCUGGAGACCGGGCUCUUCGUGCUGCUCUGCCUUAGUUUAGGCUAUGCACUGGAGAAGAAAGUAGUCAAAAGCAAAGUGGGAGAAAAAGUUGGCCUGCCUUGUUGUCAUGAAAUUCCCAGCUCGGAAAGCCUAGAGAACUACCGGGUCUACUGGCAGAAGAACACUACAGAGGUAGUGCUUGCCUACGCAGCGGGGAAGAGGAUCUCCGAGCACAACUCUGCCCGCUAUGAGAACCGGACAGAGAUAGACCCCAGGAACCUCACCCUGUGGAUCUCCCCCAUCCUGGACAUCCUGGACAAUGGCCCUUACUGGUGUGUAGUUCAACACCUCCGAUUUUCACAGAACCCGGUGGUUGUGUGUAACGAGCCUGUCAACCUCUUUGUUACAGCUGACUUCAGUGAGCCGAACCUAACAGCAGAAGUAUCCGCUGAUUCUUGUGAAUCAACUGAACUGGUGGUAAUGUGUUCUUCUUAUGGAGGUUUCCCCAAACCCAAACUCUCUGGAGCCCUCAACAACAUGCCCGUGGUGUGGAACGCCAGCUGGGUGACCGAGUCCAGCCUCAGCCUAUACAACGUCACUGGCAAACUGUCACUCAACGUGACCCAAGAUGUCAACAUCACUUGCUCCGUUGAAUACAAUGGCUUUACCAAGUCCGCCAGUUUGCUUCUGAAAAAAACAAAUGUCUGUGUUCCCCCUACUGUGGCUCCAUCUUAUAAUGUCGUUACUGCUUCAAGUAUCAGCAUUGUCAUCUUCCUUUUGGCUAUCACCCUAGCAGCAAGGUACCUCCCAAGACACGUCUGUUCUCACUGCUGUAAGCGUCGGGAUUCAGUGGAACAGGGUGUGAAAGAAUGUACAAAGCCACCCAUGAGCUCUAAAGUGACAUCCGAAACAUCAUCUGUAUGA